UCCACGAGUUUAGUACGACACAGGACAGAAGGCAUGGCUCGAAACCUUUGGACUUGCCAGACGGGCAUUUUACUUCCAGACUUGCGCAGUGUUGUUCCGGCGUGAAGUAUCAACAAGCGAAAAGGUAACAGAAUCGUCUGCUACAAUGUCAGCCCAAACCAUGGCCGCAAUGUGUGAUUUGAACAUCGCAGACAUGCGGACUCCAUAUAAAGACAAGAGGGCUGUUUUUGACGAGUGUGACCUUGUGUCUAAAGAACCAGUUACCCAGUUUAAAGCCUGGUUUGAUGAAGCCUGUCAGACAGAGGGAAUUCUGGAGCCAAACGCCAUGGCCCUGGCUACUGCUGACAAGACUGGUCAUCCAUCUGUUAGAAUGGUGCUGUUAAAAGGCUUUGAUAAGAAUGGAUUUAAAUUCUUCUCCAACUAUGGAAGUCGCAAAGGCAGAGAUCUGAGAGACAAUCCAUACUGUAGUCUCGUGUUCUAUUGGUAUGCACUCAAGAGACAAGUGAGAAUAGAAGGCCCAGUGGAGAAACUGUCGGCAGAGGAGAGCACAGAGUAUUUCCAUCGUCGGCCACAGGGCAGUCAGAUAGGAUCAGCCAUCAGCAAACAGAGCACACCUGUGGCCAGUCGACAGGCUUUAGAAGACAAGUAUAAUGAAAUGGAAAAGGAAUAUUCUGAUGGAAACAAGAUGAUUCCCAAGCCUGAGUUUUGGGGAGGUUACCUUGUGAAGCCAGAAUUGGUGGAGUUUUGGCAGGGCCAGACAAACAGAGUGCACGACAGGAUUGUGUUCAGGCGACAGAGGCAAGGCGAGGUAAUAGAUCCUGCAGUAACAAAAACGGGAGAGGACGGCUGGGUAUAUGAGAGGCUAUGUCCCUGAGACAUAUAAACUCAGACUGAUGUAUGUGCGAGGCAUAUAGACUCGUACAGUGUCUCACAUAUUAUAUAUUACUGCACAUGCAUUAAGCAGAAUUAAAGAUUUGUCAUUUAUUUUGAGGUGUGGUGGGAACUUGGGACAAAAUAUUCGCUCUUCUUUGAUGUUUGUGAGCCUGGUGAGGAGUACAGGUUGUAUCAUGUAUAUUUGAUGUGCUGUGCAAACCUGAAAAUAAUUUUGAAAUUCGUAAUAGUAAGUUAAAAGUAACUUUUAAGACUUGUUAUUCUCUUAAUAAAGACAUCAGCAUGAGGAUCAAAGCUUUUGUAAUGUGAAAUUUACAUGGAGAUACCUUGUCUUCAUUAUUAUCAUUGAACCCACACACAGCGGACUAUGACUCUGAAGCUGUAUAUAGUGUGGAAGUUGUGUGACAUGAUUAGUAAAUUUUCCAGCUACUCACAGUUUGCCUGUCAAAAAUGUGUUUACUAAGGUGC